CCCCCCUCCCCGGCUCCCCAGGGUUGUUGUGCAGCCAACGUGAAGGUGGGACGGAGCCAGGCUGUGUCUGCCGGGUGGCUGCAGGGUCACCUCGGCCGACGAAGCUGCAAAAAUGCCUUGAUCCCCCCCCCCCCGCCUCGCAGAAAACGGGGCUGGUAGCCCUCCUGGUGAUCCCUUUCCUUGCCCUUUUUUCCUUGCUGUGAGGGGGUGAGGAAAGUGGCAGCCUGUUCCCUCUCCCAGCUGGGACUGCAGAGAAACUCUUGUGUUUCAUAAGCGAGCCCGUGAGCCUUCGGUAGCUGCUGCAGUUGCUCUUUCUGGUGAUGCUGGAAACAGGGGCUGUAGGAAAUCCACUUUAGGAAAUGUCUUCUGCUUUGCCAGGUUGUGAAUUGCUGUCUGUGUUUUAUAAUCUGUUCAUUCUUUUAAGCUGAAAGUUUACUACUCUGUCAUCUCUCUGUCGUUCAAGAGUACAGGAAGAAAAAAAAUCACUCUCACGCAAACAGAUUGGUUUAAUUACUACUCUCAAAGCAGUUCUGUUGGUCGUCGUGAUUUGUGUUAAUCUGCCUCGUAUUUAUUCUGGUCACGACUUGGUUUUGCUAAAAGGCAAAACUGUUUUUACCCUGGCUGGCACUGUUGUGUGACUGAGGGCUCUUGGAAGAUGGAGAGGUUCCCAGGGAGAUUCUUGCUGCUGCCCAGAAGGUCUCUUGGUUUAACCACCAGACUAACAGCACUCCUGCAGAUGCACGUCACUGUGGGAAGAGCAUCUGGUCUUGGAAGGCUUCUCACAAAGUUGUUUGCCUCAGAAAAUCGUCUCGUCCUGCACAUUAGGGCAAGAAGCAUGAUCAAGAUGAACCACGUCCUGUUAACCACCUGCGUUCUUCUGGUUGCUUUUUGUAGUUCUGGUUAUGCCCUGAGGUGUUACCACUGCGAGAACAGCCCUACCUUGUGCAAGACCAAUAGUACUUGCUUAACGACUGAAGAUACUUGCUUGCAGAUGAAAUUUGGUAAAUUGAGAACUUCCUCCUGCUGGAAGGCAUCCCAGUGCAACAUAAAUGAGAUUGCUGAAUUCUUCCAGUUGGAUAAUUUUGAAUUCUUCUGCUGCCAACACGACUUGUGCAAUGAGGGCACAAUGACUGGGGUUAACAAAGCUGCCUUCAGUAUUGCCUCAGUAAUGGCCAUGUUAUGGCUGCUGCUGUAAUAGUUCCCAUUUGUAGGCUGCACUUCCAAGCUGAAAUGAUACAAAGUCGUUAACUCUCUUCUGAAUUGUACUUCUGACAUUUUCAGUUCCUACCUGUGGGCUGAAACAUUGCCUGUUAGUUUUAAAUUCUGUUUCCUGAGGGUUCCACCUGUUAAAUCACUGUCUCCAUUAAUGGGAAGGAGACUUAUGUUGUUACCAGUUAUAGGGAAUUGGGGUGUUUUGCCCUGCCAUAUCCAUGGGGAAAAUAACCUGUUAUGAAGUAAUGUUACCUUGUGGAGAACCUUAGAACCCUUCAGUGGGUGAUGUGAAAGGGAAGGGUUUAUGCUGGAAAACUAGAAUUUCUUACAGUCCCAUAAAUUGUAAUUAUUUUUGGUUGUGAUUUCUGUGGGGAUUUUUGUUUUCAUUUGAGGUUUUUUUGGAUACUCCCUUGUCAUACACCAAGCAGUGGAUGUGCCCUCAACACAGGAAGCGUUAGAUCAUAAGUUUGAACUUGCUGCAGUUUUCAUGAUGAGUGUGGAAAUACUUCAAGUGAUGUAUUCCCAUCACUUUAUUCCCAUCACUGUAAGCUUUUUAUUUUUUUAUUUUGGUCUUUUUACAAGCCAAUGAUAUAACCUUCUAAGUGCUGUUAUUUCGGGAGAAAGCAUCUGCAUUUCUUAAACCAAAACCAAAAUAAUGCUAUAGAAGCAAGGAACACUUUUCCCUCUUUUUAUAUUUCUCUGAGCAUGCAGACAACACAUGCUAGCUUCUUUUGCAGACUUUUUUUUCUCCCUUCUUAUGCUUUAUCCAUGUUUAGGAUUUAAACUAAGCAUGUGCUUAGCACUUUUUGUUGGUAUACUGAAAAUUGUUUAUUAGAUGCAGAGGAAUUGAAAUGGCACAUCUAGUUUCUUUUCCCAGUUAGCUUUUGGUUUUUGAUGGCAACAGUGACAUGUAAAAUGAACCCUUCCAAGCUUCCACCUAAGAGUAUUAACAAAACCUUGCAGAACUUUAUAUUUUUACUUUUAUGCAACUCUCUAAAUGCCAAUAAAAAAUAGAGAUGUAUUUAUAUAGCAUGAAUUAAAAAAACCUCGGUUUGUAUCUGUGAGAGGUCUGGAGCUGAAAUAGUCUGUAGAUUGCUCUGCCUCGGUGGAGCAGGCAGACCUUUGAUAGUUCUCUUGUAUUUAGGGACCUUCCCAGUCAGGUACAAUGUCAAAUUUUCCUUUUUCUCUUCUGGAGCUCUUGGCAUGUCCCUGCAGAGGUCGUGGUCCAUUGCCAAUGGCAUGUCCUCUUCCCGAGGACCCUCGCUUGUGCCAGUGACACCAGUUCACCCAGUCAUAACAAGGGUGGUUAACUCCAAAUCCAUGAUGUAUUCUGCAGUGUAGCUUUUGGUUAAGCUUAGUUUAUCUGUGAAAGCAUCCUGGGAUCUCUCUGAGCACUUCAAAUGUAGAAGCUGUGCUGUCUUUGAUUAAUAAAAAUGUUAAAAAAGAAAA